AACAGUAAAGUAAUGACAAUAUUGUAUGACUGAAGUCAACUGUAAUACUGAUAAUCAAAUCGAACGCACAAUCAGUUGGAAUAGAAUUCGUCACAUAAUAUACUGUAAUAACUGAUCGCUUGAAUUGUGUAAUCGUAUUGUUAUUAUUGUUGUUAUUAUUGUAUUGUUUGUGACAUAUAUUCGUAAACAUUAUGAGAGAUGUAAUAAACAAAUUGAAUGAACGAUUCAAUCGAUUCGUCGAUAAAAGUGUUAAUAAUUAUCACAAGACUGACCACAACUAUCACACAAUUAUUAAUAAUAAUAAUAAUAUUCAUAAUAACAACAAACGGUUACAAUUUAGUGACCAAUUGGUGACCGCACGAAACGSUACCACUUAUUCGACUAAAUCGUUGCCGCGAUCGCUGACCAGAAAAGCCGUGAAACAUAGACCGUUGACGACUAGCAAUUCGGUGACUGUUGGCGGUGGACAUACGUUGGCCACAACACGCAAUUAUCCGCAUUACUCAUCAGUCGAUUGUUUGCCACCCGAAGAGACAAUGGCAUCGGACAUGACAUUAGCGCCGAUCCGAUCACUGGACGACUACUUGUUAAGUGUGAAUCGCUUCCAAUUACCGCAAUUGAAAGACUUAGACAAAUGGAACCAUCGGGUCGUCAAUAAUCUACUUUACUAUCAAACCAACUAUUUCUUGACCGCAAUCAUCAUAUUUACACUCAUCGGUAUAAUAAAACCGACGCAAAUGUUGUUGGGAUUGUUGGCUCUGUUGAUAGCGAUAGCAAUCUUCAUAUAUGCGAACAACAAAUCUCCUCAAUUCAUGGACUUCAAGCGUUCGCAUCCCAUCAUCUCAUUGAUGUUGAUCUUUGGCGGCGGAUCUCUCAUUGUAUACCUGUUCAGUGCUGUACUGGUAUUCCUCUUUGGCGUACUAUUGCCUCUAUUUCUGGUGCUAUUACACGCCAGCCUAAGAACCAGAAACUUGAAGAAUAAGAUGACAAAUACCAUGGAAAACAUGGGUAUUCUAAAGACACCAAUGGGUAUAUUACUUGACUCGUUUGGUUCGGACCCAAAUGCACAUUUUUAUUGAACCGUUACAUAAUUGUGCAAUUUAUUAUUAUUAUUAUUAUUAUUAUUAUUAUUACUAAGUUUUAACGAUUGACUCAAGUGAUUGACCAGUUAGGUGACGUGCCAUUGCUUAUAGUUGUUAAUUAUCUAAUAAAUAUUAAAAUGUAAUGAAGACAUAAUUUUUCAUUGACUGCUUAUUUGACUAGUCAUUCAAGUGGUUGCUUAACAAUAUAAAUAACAGACAAAAUAAAAACCAAA